AUGAGCUGCUCAAUCUCAUCACUUUCCGACCGGCUCUGCCACUUACUUGAACUACUUGACCACCGCAACCACCGGCACAGCCCAUGUCGAACUUUCGUCUUCGCUGUCGCUUCUUUUCAGUUACUCUUUAUCUUCUUCUCCUUUCAUUUUCUCUCUCUUUCAACGCUACCUCAGAAUCAAGAUUCUCCGAUCUCUCGCUUUCAACGCUACCUCAGAAUCAAAACCGCACAUCCAGAUCCCAAUUACGCCUCCGUCGUCGCCUUUCUCAGAUCUCAAGCACAAGAAAUCGGUCUCCAUACGCAGGUACUCGAGUUCGGUCCAGGUAAGCCUCUUCUUCUUGUGAUUUGGUAUGGAUCAAACCCUUCUUUGCCUUUAGUUCUACUUAACUCUCACAUGGACUCUGUCUCUACCGAGCCUUCUAAGUGGCUUCAUCCUCCAUUCUCCGCUGUCCAAACCUCCGAUGGUAAAAUCUUCGUCCGUGGUUCUCAAGAUGACAAUUCUGUCGCCAUCCAAUAUCUUGAAGCCAUUCGGAAUCUCAGAAACCAGGAUUUCAUCCCUGUCCGUACGGUUCAUAUAUCGUAUGUACCGAAUGAGGAGAUUGGGGGUUCCGAUGGAGCUGCGAAGUCCGUUCAGUCAAAGGAGUUCAAGGAGUUGAAUGUAGGGUUUAUGAUGGAUGAAGGACAAGCUUCACCGGGAGAUGAGUUUAGGGUUGGAUACUGUCAGGUUUUUCCCCAUUUACUUUAA